CAUGGCUAUACGUUUACACCUGAAACACGAUGUAUCCGAAACGAAAGAAAAUAUAUUGCAUUUAAUGCCGUGCAAAAUUCAUGGCAAUGAAUCUGCAAAUGUUUCAUCCUAUUUUACACCUUACAUUCGAAAAGUUGACAAUGAACAUUACAAUUCUUCAUUUCGUGGAUAUCCCCUUCAUGGAAGAAAGGUGACAAUACCUUCUGGAUAUAAGGGUGUCACAUUUCUUGAACACAAGAAACCUGAAGUAGAAAAUGUGGAACGAAAUUUAUAUUCCACAGGAACAUUUUCAUACUUUACCUAUUGGAACUAUGAUAAAAUCCCAUCUAAGAAUGAUGCUUUAGCAGCAGCAAUUGAUUGGAUUGACAUAGCUGAAGCACUACAUUCUACAGAAUCAUAAUUGAAAUAAUAACAUUUAACAACCAAAAUGCAAGACAGUCUUGUUACGUAAUUAAAUUAAAACUAUUUUUGUAUUUUCUUUUAAAGAGAAAUAAUAAUAAAU